AUGCAGGACACAUUAAAAAAGUCCGUGGAGGAGUUUAGAGAAUAUUCUGAACGAGCCAACGAGCUAUUCAACGAGACAAUUCAAUGUUUAGAAGAAAUGGAGAACCAAGCGAAGCUGAACAAAGACGCCAUUACAAACAUGUUUUCUUCAAUAAGUAUGGAAGAGAUCCGGCGCUCCUUGAACAAAAGGCCUGCAGUGGUGUUCAUUGGUAAUAGAAAUUGCGGCAAAAGCGCUAUACUAAACGAACUUUUGGGUGGUUCGUAUCUUCCUGUUCACGAAACACCGUGUACUUCCCGUAUUGUCAAGAUCAGUUACACACCGAAUCAGAAUACAGUCCGAACUGUUGACAAAAUGGGCCAAGAAACCAAACCAUUGACUGUAUUCAACAAGAAGGUUCCUAAAGACUAUGUCGUGGCCAGUGAUGAAGGCAGAGAUCAGUCCCAACAGCUUAGGUGGACUGUGGAAAUUGCUUUGAAUCACCCCUUUCUAAAGAGCGGUAUUGAGUUGAUCGACUCCCCAGGGAGAAAUGAAAAUGAUGCAUUGGAUGAUGUGUUGGAUACGUUCUUUGAGAAGGGGACAACUCCACUGGUUGUAUACAUCAUUGAUGGAAACGAGCAACUGAGGCCAUCGGUAAGUACAAGUAAAUUAAAUAGUAUGGUGAUGAAUAAGUCAUUCUCGGAAACUUUUACUGAGGAAGUCGGGAGUUUGCUUUCAGCCGGAAAUACUGGGUAGCUCGACUUGUGCUAGCAACGAAAUUUGUGAUGUCUUCUCAUUUUUUCAAACGGCUGAUUUUAAGAAAAGUGUAUGAAAACAUCCCCCUGCGAGGGAGACGAUAACGACCCAUAUCUAUAUACCCUGAGUUUAAUGGCGCUAUUAGUCCAAAAUAUACGCGGGAUGCGUUGGUGUAAGUAAGAAUUAUGUUGAAUGGCGUUAGAAAGUUGAGUACUGUAUCAACAACAAAUGUGUGUAGGAGAGACGGAGAUGUUCGGUAUUAUAAGUGUAAAAGGAUACAAAGAGCAAGAAGACAUGAUCAGAAUAAAGUGAGCGAAGACAUUCAAUAACUAAUAGCAAGAGAGGAUAAAGGUGCUAGCCCCUUUAUCCUCUCUUGCUAAUAGGGAGGUGCGGUUGCAGGGACACUUUUACCGUGUUAAAUGACCCUUUUACCGCGGGAAAUUGGCGUGAUGCGUGUGACCGGGGUUUCACGAGAUAAAUUUACCAUGGGAAAUAUCGAUACCCAAGGGAGAAAAGGCAAUGAGGUUUUUCCGUGGCACUCCCACGGUAAAAAUCCGGUUCGGUUGUACCCAAAAUUGCAAAGCCAGCCAAUAGGAUUGCCUAAAAUCUUUAUCGAUUAUCUCUUCUUCCAAGCUGACCAAUCAGAUUGUACAAACUCUGUAUCGAUUUUUAAUCGAUUUGCUUCCUGGUGAACAAUGCGAUGCGUUUUGUUUGGCUGCCAAAUUUGUCGCGCUUGAGUUUUCCCACUCGUGGCUUAGGAUGGCUUGUUAACCAGCGAAAUCCUUCGGGAUAGUGGCAGGUCACGAAAAGCGACCUAAGCCAAAUUAUUUCUUUCCGUCAUGAUUCUUUUUUGUUUAGGUCUAGCUUUUUCAUAAGGUUUUAGUAGCGUCUGGUUGCGGGCCGUGAUUUCCGAUAGAUUUUUCUAUUCGGAGUUCGCGAGUUUUUGCCGAGCACAGCUAGAGUUCAGUUAUUUUCUUUUCUUAUCGAAAACACCUUGACGAUGGGAGGUUAAAUGGCGUAAAUUUCAUCUCGUACCCUUGACGAUUGGCGGUGAAAUCGCGAAAAUAUUGUCCUCGUCGAUCGACGACUCGCUUUCGGUAUGGAUUGGACUUCUGGAUGGGACACGGAUCAGGACCUUAGUAAACUUAUUAUACCUUGGAAUCAGGGAAAAUCAUUGGAACUAUAUUAACUUUGAUACCUUGGAAACACAUUGCAAUUAAUUUUUAACUGUAUCAAGAGCAUCUUGGAAUAUUAAACUUUCAUCUUGGGUUAAAACAUUGGAACUUUAUCGAACUUUGUAACCCUGGGUUCGACCCUGGAUAAAGCAAGCGGAUGUUUUGUUUUGUUUUGUUCCAUUAACCUAAAACUACAAUGUUCAUUUCUCUUUGAAAAAGUUACCUGUGGCUACUUACUACCAAGAUAUGACGUAUCUUUAUACAUAUAGUUCCUGUUCAGGUUAAUCAGAGAGCAUUUUCCGCAUGUUGUCCAUUAAUUGUUUGCGUUAACAUUCCAGUUUAAGUUACACGGGAAAACCUUAUUUUGAUGCAAAAUAACUUAUCCAAAUAGUGCUAUGAAAAUAACUACAUAUCGAUAGAUCAAAACAAGAUCAACUCCAUCCUUGCGACCAGUGACAACUAUAAAUUUAGCUUGCGUAGAAAGUGUCGAAAGUGGUAGGGGAUAGGGAGGAAGCAAAAAGGGGAUGUGGAUUGGGGAUAAAUAUUAGCCUGUCACGCAGGCUAUUAUAAAUUCUGUCAUAAGCACAUUAAAC